AUGGCGAGGCGGCCGCCGCCGUGCCGGGGCCCCCGGGGCCCGAGGCUCCCGGGGCCGCUGCUCCUGCUCCUGCUCCUCUCUUUGUUCCCCCGGAGCCGGGGGGAGCCGAGGGGCGGCGGGGGUCCGGGUUGGCACCCGGGGGUCGCCGCUGCCGCCGCCGCCGCCGCUGCCGCUCCGGGUCCGGGAGCGCGGGGCCCCGAUCGCGGCUCAGCCCUUUGUCCCGACCUCCUCGGGGUCCGGGAGGAUGGAGAACCGGGGCUGCGCGUCCGAGAUCCUGCUCCCGGGGGGCUCCGGCGCGAGGACCAAGGUCCCCGAGGCGAUCGAGGGCCCUCUGAUGAGCCUCCGGAAGCGAGAGCCCCGCCAGAACCCGGGUCCGAGGCUCUAGGCAGUCGCCCGACAGAGGGAGGACGCGGAUCGGGGUCUCUGCCGUGCCGGCGUCCCGAGAUCUCCUUCUGCGGGCGGCCCGGACACUCGCCAAGAGGGACCGAGUCGCCCCCCCGAGGCUCUGUUCCCGCAGGCGCCAGCAUCGGAGAUCAACUCGGCCUCCUCUGCGGGCCUUCUGGCUCGGACCCGGGGUGCCAACAAGGCCUGGUCCUCCCCGGGACUGCUGGCCGAGGAGGCUCCUUGCAAAAAGUGGGGACCACGCGGCGCUGUGAGGACGCGUGGCCGGCAGGGACUAAGGCCCAGGCAGAGAGGAUGGGGACAUCCCAAAUGGAGAGGACAAGGACGCUUGCCCGGCCCGAAUGCGCUUUCCCCGGGCCCGGAGAUGAUUCAGCACCACGCAGGGCGAGGACAGCUCCCGGGCCGGGUUCAGCACCCCGCAAGUCCCGGACAGUUCCCGAGCCUGUGCCCGAGCUGGCUCGCUGCUGUCAUUUGCUCCAGGAGCAAGGCCCAUCGCCAAUGCGCGCUGCUUCUUCAUCUCCGGCUCCUGCUACAGCUCCAGGGGCAACUCUGGUUUUGCUGCAACAUCCUCAUCCUCUUCGGAGACUGUCCCGAGACAGCCGGGUCCGUGCCCGUCGUGCCACCAACCGCCACCCUCAGUUCUCCCAGUACAACUACCAGGUCCUGGUACCCGAGAACCAGGCGGCGGGCACCUCGGUGCUGCGCGUCGUGGCGCAGGACCCGGACACGGGCGAGGCCGGGCGCCUCGUGUACUCCCUGGCCGCCCUCAUGAACAGCCGCUCCUUGGAACUCUUCAGCAUCGACCCCCAGAGCGGCCUCAUUCGCACCCAAGCCUCCCUGGACCGCGAGAGCAUCGAGCGCCACUACCUGCGCGUCACGGCGCAUGACCACGGCUCUCCACGCCUCUCCGCCACCACCAUGGUGGCCGUGACCGUGGCGGAUCGCAACGACCAUGCACCCGUCUUCGAGCAGGCCCAGUACCGGGAGACCCUCCGGGAGAACGUCGAGGAAGGCUACCCCAUCCUCCAGCUGCGUGCCACCGAUGGCGACGCACCCCCCAAUGCCAACUUGCGUUACCGCUUUGUGGGGCCCCAAGCCGGGCGCAGCGCCCACGCCGCCUUCGAAAUCGACCCACGCUCCGGCCUCAUCAGUACCAGCGGCCGCGUGGACCGGGAGCACAAGGAGAGCUACGAGCUGGUGGUGGAGGCCAGCGACCAGGGCCUGGAGCCCGGGCCACGCUCGGCCACCGUGCGGGUGCAUAUCACCGUGCUGGAUGAGAAUGACAACACGCCUCAGUUCAGCGAGAAACGCUACGUGGCCCAAGUGCGGGAGGACGUGCGGCCUCACACGGUGGUGCUGACCGUCACCGCCACCGACCUGGACAAGGAUGCCAACGGGCUGGUCCACUACAACAUCAUCAGCGGGAACAGCCGUGGCCACUUUACCAUCGACAGCCUCACCGGGGAGAUCCAGGUGGUGGCACCCCUGGACUUCGAGGCCGAGCGAGAGUACGCCUUGCGCAUCCGGGCUCAGGACGCAGGCCGGCCACCGCUGUCCAACAACACGGGCCUGGCCAGCAUCCAGGUGGUGGACAUCAAUGACCACGCGCCUAUCUUUGUCAGCACACCCUUCCAGGUUUCCGUCCUGGAGAAUGCCCCUCUGGGACACUCCGUGAUCCACAUCCAAGCAGUGGACGCAGACCACGGGGAGAAUGCCAGGUUGGAGUACUCUCUGACUGGGGUGGCACCGGAUACACCCUUUGUGAUCAACAGCGCCACCGGUUGGGUCUCUGUGAGUGGCCCCCUGGACCGUGAAUCUGUGGAACACUACUACUUUGGCGUGGAGGCGAGGGACCACGGCUCCCCCCCACUCUCAGCCUCAGCUAGCGUCACGGUGACGGUUCUGGAUGUUAAUGACAAUCGACCCGAGUUCACGAUGAAGGAAUACCACCUCCGGCUGAACGAGGAUGCAGCUGUGGGCACCAGCGUGGUCAGCGUGACUGCGGUCGACCGCGAUGCCAACAGUGCCAUCAGCUACCAGAUCACAGGUGGCAACACUCGUAAUCGCUUCGCCAUCAGCACCCAGGGGGGUGUGGGUCUGGUAACACUGGCUCUGCCCCUGGACUACAAGCAGGAGCGCUACUUCAAGCUGGUGCUGACAGCGUCGGACCGUGCCCUUCAGGACCACUGCUACGUGCAUAUCAAUAUCACCGAUGCAAACACUCACCGGCCUGUCUUCCAAAGUGCCCACUACUCAGUCAGUGUGAAUGAGGACCAGCCGGUGGGCAGCACGGUGGUGGUCAUCAGUGCCUCUGACGAUGAUGUGGGGGAGAAUGCUCGGAUCACUUAUAUCCUUGAGGAUAAUCUGCCCCAGUUCCGCAUCGACGCAGAUUCAGGAGCCAUUACACUGCAGGCUCCGCUGGACUAUGAGGACCAGGUGACCUACACUCUGGCUAUCACAGCGAGGGACAACGGCAUCCCGCAGAAGUCAGAUACCACGUACGUGGAAAUAAUGGUCAACGACGUGAAUGAUAAUGCACCCCAGUUCGUGGCCUCUCACUACACUGGAUUGGUUUCUGAGGAUGCCCCGCCUUUUACCAGCGUCCUUCAGAUCUCGGCCACGGACCGUGACGCUCACGCCAAUGGCCGAGUCCAGUACACUUUCCAGAAUGGGGAAGAUGGGGAUGGAGAUUUUACCAUCGAGCCCACCUCCGGCAUUGUCCGCACGGUGAGGCGGCUGGAUCGUGAGGCAGUGCCAGUAUAUGAGCUGACGGCCUAUGCAGUAGAUCGGGGUGUGCCCCCCUUGCGGACUCCAGUUAGUAUCCAGGUGACCGUGCAGGAUGUGAACGACAAUGCCCCUAUCUUCCCGGCUGAGGAGUUUGAGGUGCGGGUGAAGGAGAAUAGCAUUGUGGGCUCUGUGGUGGCGCAGAUCACGGCAGUGGACCCCGAUGAAGGUCCCAACGCCCAUAUAAUGUACCAGAUUGUGGAGGGGAACAUCCCAGAGCUGUUCCAAAUGGAUAUCUUCUCUGGAGAGUUGACAGCGCUCAUUGACCUAGACUACGAGACUCGCCAAGAGUAUGUGAUUGUGGUACAAGCCACCUCUGCCACUCUGGUCAGUCGGGCCACUGUGCACGUCCGCCUGGUUGACCAGAAUGACAACAGUCCAGUGCUCAACAACUUCCAAAUCCUCUUCAACAAUUAUGUCUCCAACCGCUCCGACACCUUCCCCUCAGGCAUCAUUGGACGCAUCCCAGCCUAUGACCCUGAUGUCUCUGACCACCUCUUUUACUCCUUUGACCGGGGCAAUGAGCUGCAGCUGCUGGUGGUCAACCAGACCAGCGGGGAACUUCGACUCAGCCGCAAGCUUGACAACAACCGCCCACUGGUGGCUUCCAUGUUGGUGACUGUCUCAGACGGACUGCACAGCGUGACGGCCCAGUGUGUGCUGCGCGUGGUCAUCAUCACCGAGGAGCUGCUGGCCAACAGCCUGACGGUGCGCCUGGAGAACAUGUGGCAGGAGCGCUUCCUGUCGCCGCUGCUGGGCCACUUCUUGGAAGGGGUGGCCGCCGUGCUGGCCACCCCCGCUGAGGACGUCUUCAUCUUCAACAUCCAGAACGACACGGACGUGGGAGGCACCGUGCUGAACGUGAGCUUCUCGGCGCUGGCUCCGCGUGGGGCCGGGCCCAGUGCCACCGGGCCCUGGUUCAGCUCCGAGGAGCUCCAGGAGCAGCUGUACGUGCGCCGGGCCGCCCUGGCCGCCCGCUCGCUGCUGGACGUGCUGCCCUUCGACGACAACGUGUGCCUGCGGGAGCCCUGCGAGAACUACAUGAAGUGCGUGUCCGUGCUGCGCUUCGACUCCUCGGCGCCCUUCCUGGCCUCGGCCUCCACGCUCUUCAGACCCAUUCAGCCCAUCGCCGGCCUCCGCUGCCGCUGCCCGCCCGGCUUCACCGGCGACUUUUGUGAGAUCGAGCUGGACCUCUGCUACUCCAACCCGUGCCGGAACGGGGGUGCCUGCGCACGGCGCGAGGGGGGCUACACCUGUGUGUGUCGACCACGCUUCACCGGAGAAGACUGCGAGCUGGACACGGAGGCUGGACGCUGUGCGCCUGGCAUCUGCCGUAACGGGGGCACCUGUGCAGAUGGCCCCGACGGUGGCUUCCGCUGCCAGUGCCCAGCAGGUGGAGCCUUCGAAGGCCCACGCUGUGAGGUGGCAGCACGUUCCUUCCCGCCCAGUUCCUUCGUCAUGUUCCGUGGCCUGAGGCAGCGCUUCCACCUCACGCUGUCCCUCUCGUUCGCCACAGUGCAUUCAAGCGGGCUUCUCUUCUACAACGGGCGCCUGAAUGAGAAGCACGACUUCCUGGCCCUGGAGCUGGUGACUGGGCAGGUUCGCCUCACCUACUCCACAGGCGAGUCCAACACCGUAGUCAGCCCCACGGUUCCAGGGGGCCUGAGUGACGGACAGUGGCAUACAGUGCAUCUGAGAUACUACAACAAGCCCCGGACAGAUGCCCUAGGAAGUGUGCAGGGCCCCUCCAAGGACAAGGUGGCGGUGCUGAGCGUGGACGAUUGUGAUGUAGCUGUGGCUCUGCGAUUUGGUGCCGAGAUUGGCAACUACUCCUGUGCGGCCGCUGGCAUGCAAACGAGCUCCAAGAAGUCCCUGGACCUGACAGGCCCUCUGCUCCUGGGUGGUGUCCCCAACCUUCCCGAGAACUUCCCCGUGUCCCACAAGGACUUUGUUGGCUGCAUGCGGGACCUACACAUCGAUGGCCGCCGAGUGGACAUGGCGGCCUUUGUUGCGAACAACGGUACUACAGCAGGCUGCCAGGCCAAGCUGCACUUUUGCGACUCAAACCCGUGCAAGAACAAAGGCUUCUGCUCAGAGCGCUGGGGCGGCUUCAGCUGUGACUGCCCCGUGGGCUUCGGGGGCAAAGACUGUCGGCUCACCAUGGCCCAUCCCCACCACUUCCAUGGCAAUGGCUCACUCAGCUGGGACUUUGGAAAUGACAUCGUUAUAUCUGUGCCAUGGUACCUAGGCCUGGCAUUUCGGACACGGGCGACACAGGGCGUCCUGAUGCAAGUGCUGGCUGGGUCACAUAGCACGCUCCUCUGUCAGCUGAAUCGGGGGUUGCUAUCCGUGACAGUGACCAGGGGCUCAGGCCGCACUGCCCACCUCCUUCUGGACCAGGUGACUGUCAGUGAUGGCCGGUGGCAUGAUCUACGGCUGGAGUUGCAGGAGGAGCCAGGUGGCAGGCACAACCACCAUGUCCUCAUGGUUUCACUGGACUUUAGCCUCUUCCAGGACACCAUGGCAAUAGGGAAUGAGCUGCAGGGCCUGAAGGUAAAGCGACUCCAUGUGGGAGGCGUCCCCCCCAGCAAUGACGAGGUUCCUCAGGGUCUGGUUGGCUGUAUCCAGGGGGUAUGGCUCGGCUCCACGCCUUCCGGGUCCCCGGCCCUGCUUCCCCCCAGCCACCGAGUGAAUGUGGAACCUGGCUGUGCUGUGACCAACACCUGUGCAUCUGGGCCCUGCCCACCCCACGCUGACUGCCGAGACCUCUGGCAGACCUUCUCAUGCACCUGCUGGCCAGGUUACUAUGGCCCAGGCUGUGUGGAUGCCUGCCUUCUGAAUCCAUGUCAGAACCAGGGCUCCUGCCGGCACCUUCCGGGGGCACCCCAUGGCUAUACCUGUGACUGUGCAGAUGGCUAUUUCGGUCACCACUGUGAGCACAGGAUGGACCAACAGUGCCCCAGGGGCUGGUGGGGGAGUCCCAGCUGUGGUCCCUGCAACUGUGAUGUUCACAAAGGCUUUGACCCCAACUGCAACAAGACAAAUGGGCAGUGUCACUGUAAGGAGUUUCACUACCGACCCCGGGGCAGUGAUUCUUGCCUGCCAUGUGAUUGCUACCCCGUGGGCUCCACUUCGCGUUCGUGUGCACCCCACAGUGGGCAGUGCCCCUGCCGCCCUGGAGCUCUUGGUCGCCAGUGCAACAGUUGUGACAGUCCUUUUGCAGAGGUGACAGCCAGCGGCUGCCGGGUGCUUUAUAAUGCCUGCCCCAAGUCCCUGAGAUCUGGUGUGUGGUGGCCCCAAACCAAGUUUGGCAUCUUGGCCUCAGUGCCCUGUCCUCGGGGAGCCCUUGGUGCUGCCGUGCGGCUCUGUGAUGAGGACCGGGGGUGGCUGGAGCCUGAUCUGUUCAACUGUACUUCCCCCAUCUUUCGAGACCUCAAUCUGCUGCUGGAUGGCCUGGAGCUGAACAAGACAGCACUGGAUACUAUGGAGGCCAAGAAGCUGGCACAGAGGCUUCGGGAGGUGACUGGCCACACUGACCACUACUUCAGCCAAGAUAUCAGGGUCACAGCCCGCCUGCUGGCCCACCUGCUGGCCUUUGAGAGCCACCAGCAGGGCUUUGGGCUAACAGCCACUCAGGACGCCCACUUCAAUGAGAAUCUGCUGUGGGCUGGCUCCUCACUGCUUGCUCCAGAGACGGGGGCCUUGUGGGAAGCACUGGGACAGCGGGCACCUGGGGGUUCCCCCGGCAGUGCGGGGCUGGUACAGCAUCUUGAGGAAUAUGCCGCCACUCUUGCCAAGAACAUGGAGCUUACGUACCUGAACCCUGUGGGGCUGGUGACGCCAAAUAUCAUGCUCAGCAUUGAUCGUAUGGAGCAUCCCAACCCAACCCGAGGGACUCGGCGUUAUCCUCGUUAUCACAGCAACCUCUUCCGGGGCCAGGAUGCCUGGGACCCUCACACACACGUGCUGCUGCCUCCCCAAUCCCGCCAGCCAUUCUCUUCUCAAGUUCAGCCCACAAGCAGCAGUGGCCCAGAAAACAUCACCUCCAGUGCGACGCCCCCAGCCCCUCCAGAGCUGGAACUUGAACCUGGGCUCUCCAUCGUCAUCCUCCUAGUUUACCGAACCUUGGGGGGACUGCUUCCUGCCCAGUUCCAGGCUGAGCGCCGGGGUGCCAGGCUUCCUCAGAACCCAGUGAUGAACUCUCCGGUGGUCAGUGUGGCGGUGUUCCACGGACGCAACUUCCUGAGGGGGGUCCUGGAGUCCCCGAUCAGCCUGGAGUUCCGCCUACUGCAGACAGCCAAUCGAAGCAAGGCAAUCUGCGUGCAGUGGGACGCACCUGGCCCGGCAGACCAGCACGGCAUGUGGACAGCACGGGACUGCGAGCUGGUGCACAGGAACGGGUCCCACGCACGGUGUCGCUGCAGCCGGACAGGCACCUUUGGGGUCCUCAUGGAUGCUUCACCCCGAGAGCGGCUGGAGGGGGAUUUGGAGCUGCUGGCUGUAUUCACGCACGUCGUGGUGGCCGUGUCUGUGGCUGCUCUGUUGCUAACUGCAGCCAUCCUGCUGAGCCUGCGCAGCCUGAAGUCCAACACGCGCGGCAUCCAUGCGAAUGUGUCAGCUGCUUUGGGGGUGGCGGAGCUCCUCUUCCUGCUGGGAAUCCACAGGACCCACAACCAGCUGCUGUGCACUGCCGUGGCCAUCCUCCUGCACUACUUCUUCCUCAGCACCAUCGCGUGGCUUCUGGUACAGGGGCUGCACCUCUACCGCAUGCAGGUGGAGCCACGCAACGUGGACCGCGGUGCCAUGCGCUUCUACCACGCUCUGGGCUGGGGUGUCCCUGCUAUCUUGCUGGGCCUUGCUGUUGGCUUGGAUCCUGAGGGUUAUGGGAACCCUGACUUCUGCUGGAUCUCCAUUCAUGAUCCCCUUAUCUGGACCUUUGCAGGCCCUGUUGUCCUUGUUAUCAUGAUGAAUGGAACCAUGUUUCUCCUUGCUGCCCGCAUGUCCUGCUCUACGGGGCAAAGGGAAGCCAAGAAGACCUCUGUGCUAACCCUUCGCAGCUCCUUUCUGCUCCUUCUACUGGUCAGUGCCUCCUGGCUUUUUGGCCUCCUGGCAGUCAACCACAGCGUCCUGGCCUUCCACUACCUCCACGCCGGACUCUGUGGACUCCAGGGCCUGGCAGUACUGCUGCUCUUCUGUGUCCUGAAUGCCGAGGCCCGCGCCGCCUGGACCCCAGCCUGUCUGGGCAGGAAGGCAGUGCCUGAGGAAGCAAGGCCAGCGCCUGGGACGGGCCCUGCAGCAUAUAACAACACAGCCCUGUUUGAAGAGAGUGGGCUCAUCCGCAUCACCCUGGGUGCCUCCACCGUCUCCUCCGUGAGCAGUGCUCGCUCCGGCCGGAACCAGGACCAAGACAGCCAGCGGGGCCGCAGCUACCUCAGGGACAAUGUCCUGGCUCGACACGGUUCAGCUGCUGACCACACGGACCACAGCCUCCAGGCUCAUGCUGGCCCCACUGACCUGGAUGUGGCCAUGUUCCAUCGAGAUGCGGGUGCUGACUCCGACUCUGACAGUGAUCUGUCCUUGGAAGAGGAGCGGAGCCUGUCUAUCCCCUCCUCAGAAAGUGAGGACAAUGGCCGCAGCCGAGGGCGUUUCCAGCGUCCACUCCGCCGUGCUGCCCAGAGUGAGCGGCUCCUCGCCCACCCCAAAGAUGUGGAUGGCAACGAUCUCCUGUCCUACUGGCCAGCCCUGGGGGAGUGUGAGGCGACUCCCUGUGCAUUACAGACAUGGGGCUCAGAACGGCGCCUAGGACUAGAUGCCAGCAAGGAUGCGGCCAACAAUAACGCCCCUGACCUGGCCCUGACCAGUGGAGAUGAGACCUCACUGGGUCAGACUCAGCGCCAGAGGAAGGGCAUCCUGAAGAACCGACUGCAGUGCUCAAUGGUGCCACAGACCCGCGGAGUCCCUGAGUUGUCCUGGUGCCGAGCCGCCACCUUGGGCCACCGUGCUGUGCCUGCUGCCUCCUACGGGCGCAUCUGUGCUGGAGCGGGGACGGGCAGCCUUUCGCAGCCCGCCAGUCGCUAUUCCUCCCGGGAACAGCUGGACCUUCUUCUUCGGCGGCAGCUGAGUCGGGAGCGGUUGGAGGCUGCCACGGCCCCAAGCCUACGCCCUCUGAGUCGGCUAGGCUCUCAGGAACACCUGGACUCUGUGCCAGGCCACCUGGAGCCCAGGGACCGGGGCAGCACCCUCCCAAGAAGGCAGCCCCCCAGGGAGCACCCUGGCACUCUGGCCGGCCGCUUCGGGUCACGGGAUGCCCUGGACCGAAGUGCCCCCUGUGAGUGGCUGAGCACACUGCCCCCACCCCACAGAGCCCAGGAUCUGGACUCACAGCCCCCCGCUCUGCCCCUAUCUCCUCAGCGGCAACUUUCAAGGGACCCUCUUUUGCCAUCCCGGCCCCCAGACUCUCUGUGCAGGAGAUGGAACUCAGGGGAGCAACUAGACCUUGUGCCUAGCCAGCACCCCUCACGAGAAGGCCUCGGGCCACCCCCACCGCUGCUCAAGGUUAAGGAGGAUGCGGCGAGUGGCCCGAGCCACGGGCCCUCCACAGAGCAGCUGGACAUUCUCUCCUCUAUCCUCGCCUCUUUCAACUCCUCAGCUCUCUCCUCUUCUGUGCAGUCCCUGAGCACUCCCACUCCCUCGAGCCCUCACACCACGGCCACAGCCUCUGCGCUUGGGCACUCCACGCCUCGCUCUGCCACCUCCCACAGCAUCUCGGAGUUGUCGCCAGACUCAGAACAGAGGGACACACAGACCUUGCUGUCUCCCACUCAUGCAAUGGAGCUGAGGAGACGAGAUUACCAUGUGGAGCGGCCUCUGCUGAAUCAGGAAGAGCUUGAUGAAGUGGGGCAUUGGCACCCAGUAAAGAAAACCCUCCAGUGGAAAACCUGGUUCCAGUGCUCGCAGGCUCGAGCCCGAGCUCUUCUCUUCCGACGCCUCCCCAUUUUGACCUGGCUGCCCCGUUAUUCUUUGCGUGAAUGUCUCCCAGGAGACCUGCUGUCUGGUUUGAGUGUGGGCAUUAUGCAGCUGCCACAGGGUCUGGCCUAUGCUCUCCUGGCUGGCCUGCCCCCUGUGUAUGGCCUCUACAGCUCCUUCUACCCUGUCUUCAUCUACUUCCUAUUUGGCACGUCCCAACACAUCUCUGUGGGAACCUUUGCCGUCAUGUCGGUGAUGGUGGGCAGCCUGACAGAGUCCCUGGCUCCUGAGGACAGUGUCAACAAGACCAUCAGUGAAAAUGUGGAAAUGAAGCGGGUACAAAUAGCCUACACACUCAGCUUCCUAGUGGGCUGCUUUCAGCUUGUGCUGGGCUUGGUCCACUUUGGCUUCGUGGUCACCUACCUGUCCGAGCCUCUCGUCCGAGGUUAUACUACGGCAGCAGCCCUGCACGUCUUUGUCUCACAGCUCAAGUAUGUAUUCGGCAUCCAUCUGAGCAGCCAUUCUGGACCCUUGUCCCUCAUCUAUACAGUGAUCGAGGUCUUCCAGAAACUACCCCAGAGCGUGCCUGGCACCUUGAUCACCGCUGCUGUGUCGGGGCUGGUGCUCAUACUGGUGAAGCUGCUGAACAACUAUCUGAGUGGAAGGCUGCCUGUGCCCAUUCCUGGGGAGCUGCUCACGCUCAUCGGGGCCACAGGCAUCUCCUAUGGAUUUAACCUGACAGGCAGAUUUAAUGUGGACACUGUGGGCGAAAUACCUACAGGGCUGGUAGAGCCAGCGGUCCCCGAAGUCGAUUUAUUCAUGACGCUCAUGGGAAAUGCCUUCACCAUCGCUGUGGUGGGGUUUGCCAUUGCCAUCUCCCUGGGGAAGAUCUUCGCCCUGAAGCAUGGCUACCGUGUGGACAGCAACCAGGAGCUGGUGGCCCUAGGCCUCUCGAACCUCUUUGGAGGCAUCUUCCAAUGCUUCCCCAUCAGCUGUUCCAUGUCUCGGAGCCUGGUUCAGGAGAGCACCGGGGGCAACACACAGAUUGCUGGAGCCGUGUCCUCUCUCUUCAUCCUCAUUAUCAUUCUCCAACUUGGGAAACUCUUCCGUGAUCUACCCAAGGCUGUGCUGGCAGCUGCCAUCAUCGUGAACCUGAAGGGUAUGUGGCUGCAGUUCAGGGACAUCUGCUUGCUUUGGAAGACGAACCGAGUGGACCUGAUGAUCUGGGUGGUGACCUUUGUCGCCACCACCUUGCUGAACUUGGACCUCGGGCUGGCAGUGGCUGUCGUCUUCGCCUUAAUGCUCAUGGUGGUCCGCACACAGUUGCCUCACUACUCUGUCCUGGGGAAGGUGGCGGACACGGAUAUUUACAGAGACACAAUUGAGUACUCAGAGGCCAAGGAGGUCCCAGGUGUGAAGAUUUUCCGCUCCUCCGUCACCAUGUACUUCGCCAAUGCUGAGCUCUAUUGUGAUGCUCUGAAGAAGAGGUGCGGUGUGGAUGUCGACCACCUCAUCUACCGGAAGAAGAAGCUGCUCAAGAAGGAGAAGCGGAAGCUGAAACAACUACAGAAGAAGCAGAAGCUGCAGAAGCAGGGCACUCCUGUUCCCAUUAAUACCAACACCGACAGUGAAGACAUUGAGCGCAACAGUGUGGAGAUUGCCAAGGCCCAGGAGAUGCACUCUGAGGUGGAAGACCCAAAGCCUUCGGAUCCAGUGGACUCAGAGGCUAGCAGUCCCAAAGCUAAGGAGGCUCUGGCUGUCUCUACCCUGAGGUCGCUGGGACUGCCUCAGCCAGGUUUCCACAGCCUCAUUCUGGACAUGAGCACCCUCUCCUUUGUGGACACUGUGUGCCUUAAGAGCCUAAAGAAUAUUAUCCGUGACUUCCGGGAGAUCGAGGUGGAGGUGUACUUGGCUGCCUGCCACUCUCCGGUGGUGGCCCAGCUGGAGGCUGGACACUUUUUUGAUGGCCUCAUCACGAAGAAGCACCUCUUUGCUUCUAUUCACGAUGCCGUCGUCUUUGCCCUCCAACACUCACCAGCCCAUUCUGCCACCCCAGUUAUGGCCACCAAAUUAUGACCGUGCUUCUGCCUGGCUGAGACUACUGCCUUCUGGAGGAUGGGAUGGGGCACCAGCGAGAGCCCCUCAGCCCUCGGCUGCCUCCAGAGAGUCACUGAGGAGUCCCCUCCUUACACAACUCAACUCAGGGAUGGAGGUGCUGGGACUUGAGUUUGGUGUCCUGGCCCAGGAAGGGCUGGAGCCAAGGCCAGCACUGUUCGAGACAGGGGCGGAUUCUGUAUUUUCAACCUCAGGAAUAAAGAUUUGUUUUUCGAA